AUGGAGGUUUUCAAUGACUUUCCCGCUAACGCAUUCGAGCUUUUCGUGGCGGAAGGUACAACAAGAAUGUUGAAUUUAUACCCGGGAAUUCCUCUCGAAAAUGUCAGAGAAACUUUGGUAUAUCAAUGGAACCAGAUGGAUAUUUAUCAACGAGCACCUUGGAUUAAAAGAUCAGAUGAAAAUCGUGAAAUUUACUCAAAAACUUUCAUUGCCGAGGCCGAACAAGAAAAUUCCGAAUAUGAUAGCGAUUGUAAUUCAGAAGAUAUAAAUGAAUUAAUUGAAUCUUCAGAUGGUGAAGAAACAUCGGAAGAAUCCAUUAUAAGUUUUCCUGAUUUCGUUCAUUCAAGUGUUGAUUACAAGCAAAGUCCCGUUAAAUCAUCGCAAAAUGUAUUCGUUCAAAGUCGCCCAGUACUUGCACCCAUACCUUCAUGGCCCAGACCACCUGCUCCAGCGUUCCUUCAUUUUUCUGAAUAUAUGAGGCCUAGAAUUACUGCAGAGAAUCCAUUUCACAAUUAUGGCUCUAUCACGAAGUUAAUUCGUGAGCGAUGGGAGUCAAUGACCAUCGAGGAACGCGCACCAUGGGGACAUUUGGCUCAACAAGAUGAAAUUAGGUUCGAAAAUGAAAAGUUGGCAUACAUUGCAGAACAAGAACAAUUUGAUAAUCAAUCAUACAAUUCAUACAAUAAUAAUCAAUUUUCAAAUUUUGAGAACGUAUUUGAUUUUCGAUCUAUUAAAGUUGAAGCUCCGAUAGUCGAUCCAGUAUUGUUAAAUAUGGAUCAAUCCAUUCACAAAGCUAGCUUUCCUAAUUCAAACAAAGAAAAUGGGUUCAAACAAGAAAUUGUUAUCAAACAAGAAAGUGCUGUCAAACAAGAAAAUGUUGUCAAACAAGAAGACAUUAUCAAACAAGAAAAUUUUAUCAAACAAGAAAGUAAUUCACGAACGUCAUUUGGCUUCCGAAAUAUUCCUACUGAGACACAAUUUUGGGUUCAAUCUAACGACAAAGAAAAUAUUCCAAUAGAAUAUUAUGAAAAUAAUUAUCGUCGAUCACCAUUACAACCACUUAAUUUCAAUCAAAUACAUAGCACUUAUAAUGAAAUCGCCAAUGUACCAUCAAAGACUUAUAAACCUGAUGAUCGUCGAUAUGGUCUCAAAGUUCCAAUCUUAUAUAAGUCAGCUUACGAAAUUUUUUAUACUGAGGUUAAGGCUGAUUGUAUGAAUAAAUAUCCUUCACUAAUUACUGAAUCUCAUCUUAAUAAAUGUAUCGAUGAUAAAUGGAAGACAAUGGAUACUGACGAACGAAAGCCUUGGGAAGAAAAGGCAGAAUUAGAUAAAUUUAGGUGGGAGAGUGAAAGGAAAGAAUAUCUAUCUGAUCAAUUAAGGCGUUUUGUCGAAUCUCAACGUGGAGUUCUGUUGAAUGAUUGGGUCAAAAAUAAUACUCAUUAA